AUGUCUACUUCUGCCCGUCGUCGUCUCAUGCGUGACUUCAAGCGCAUGCAGACAGAUCCCCCUGCCGGAGUUUCAGCAUCUCCUGUAGCAGACAAUGUCAUGACCUGGAAUGCCGUCAUCAUUGGCCCCGCUGAUACACCCUUCGAAGAUGGCACAUUCCGACUGGUCAUGCAUUUCGAGGAACAAUACCCCAACAAACCCCCCGGAGUCAAGUUCAUCAGUCAGAUGUUCCACCCAAAUGUUUAUGGCACAGGAGAGCUGUGCCUGGAUAUUCUGCAGAACCGUUGGAGUCCAACCUAUGAUGUGGCGGCCAUCCUUACGAGCAUCCAGAGUCUACUGAACGAUCCCAACACUUCGUCUCCUGCAAAUGUGGAAGCUUCGAAUCUCUACAAGGAUAAUCGAAAGGAAUACAUCAAGCGUGUGCGCGAAACUGUUGAAAAGAGCUGGGAUGACUAA